AUGGCGAUGCCGCUUUAUCCACCAAAGCCGCGGCGAUCCAGCGCUCCUCCUCCGGUCGUCGCCACCAGCAACGACGGCGUGCUGCCCCUGGACCUUCUCUACGACAUCCUGUUGCGCCUCCCCGCCGAGACGCUCUGCCGCUUCCGUGCUGUUUGCAGGUCAUGGCGGUCCCUGCUCAGCCACCCGGACUUCAUCGCCGCUGCCCGUAACCCUGGCCCGCUCAUCGUUGUAGCCAUAAAAGAUUACUUAUCAAGAAACGAGGUCACCGUCCUCGACAUGGAGUCCGGCGACGCCGUCACGCGAGUAAACAUCGCCAGCAACGACCUUACAUACGGCGAGGCGCACGCCAUGAGUCACGACCGUGUGGUAUGUAUCCUCGACCCACAGGAUCGGCUCCGCCUGCUCGAUCCCGCCAACGGCGACGUCUUCCUCUUGCCCGACCAUGCGUCGUCGCAGGAGCACAUAUUAAUCUGGUCCACAGUCGGGCGCGCGGCCUCCACGGGAGAGCAAAAGGUGCUCGCCAUCACCGCAUCCACAUCAGCUACACACGAGCCGUUUGUCUGCAAGAUCCUCGCCCUCGGCCUCAGUGACGGUUGCUGGAGAGUUACAGGGAGUCCUCCUUUGAUGCUGACUGGAGGCGUCACUGUCAUCAAUGGGGUCGCCUACUUUCUGUCGACCUAUGAGUACCACCAGAUCAUGGCGUACCACCAGAUCAUGGCGUUCGACUUCAACAAGGAGGCGUGGCGGUCGAAGUCGGAUUCCCUCCAAGGCCCCGCAAACUGCAUCAUCAGCUUGGCCGAGUUGGACGGCCAUCUCGUCGCAUGCCACGACGAUCGCAUCGGCUCCAUUGAACUAUGGUUCCUCAUGGACUCGGACCGGUCUCUCUGGUUCAAACGGUACAUCAUCAACAUGCCAUGCCACCAAACCGUCCAGACCCACCAGCCAGAGAUGUGCUAUACCUAUGAGGCCUUCGAGGAGCCAUUAGCAUUGCUGGAUGACGGGAGGAUUGUGAUGUGGAUGCGGGUGCUCCGGCAGGGGUGCAGCGUUUACGAAGUGGUAUUGCGGAUCUACAACCCAAGAACCAAGACAUUCAAGGAUGGGACAGUGGUGCCCAAUUGCAACCAUAUGAGACUGUUCACGUGGAAUUUGUUGCAUACCGGGCAGAGAGGUGUGUUAGACGACGCAGCAAAGCGUCUGCUAAUUGGUAGACGGCAUCACUGA